UCUGUUUUGUGUUUGUUGGUAAGCAGGUUUGUACCUAAUAACCACAAGACUUGUGAUAGCUUAGUUUUUCUGUCACUAUCUCAAGUGAAAGACUUAAAUGUUCUGAAAUUUUCAAACAAUGGUUUUCACAAACUUUUUCAUUCACUUUUUUUUAGUAGCUCAUCACUGACAGAAAAGACCUGUCGCUUCGUUCUUCAUUGAGAAUCUUGUUCUUCCAUUUCAUAAAAUCGUACCCUUUGACGGACCACACCUUCAUUCAUAAUGUUUGGGACACAAAUAGCACACAAUUCAUGAUGAAUCUCAGCUGUUAGAGUUAUUUUUCACCCAAAGAAAACUUCUAACAAGACGAGUGUUAUUCUAGGUGAGAUUUCUAUUACAGCACUUAUGUUUUGAGGUUAUGUAUAGCUGGACAACACACGAAUGUAUAGUGCUCUGCCUUGUACAGUUAGAAGCGUACUGAACAACUGAGCACACAGGAUGUCAACAUGGCAGUGUUAUCCCCACUACUUCCUUGUGCUCUGCGUAAACAGCAGUUAUGUUCUGGAUAACGUUUGUACUAUAUUAUUUUAAUAAUUAUUAUUGACUCUCAAAUCAUGUUGUGAAUUCAUAUUUUUUAUGAUUUGCUUAGAUGGUUGGAGUCACAGUGAUGCUGCAUUUCUUGGAAGUAGGAAGAGGAACUUCUGACACGAUCUUAACCUCUGCUGUUGCUCAGUGCAUUAAAAAGAUAUUGGUAGAAGCAAACACAGCACUGAUGGAACCUGUUAUGUCCUUGGAAGUGGUCUCAGGUGAAGAAUAUCUUCCUACAGUCCUCGCUGACCUUUCCAGGCGUCGGACACAGAUACAACAUAUCAGGGUGCGAGGCAACAGCAAGAUGGUGGAAGCUCGAACUCCUCUGGCUGAGCUACUGGGAUACUCUAAGGCACUGAGAACAAUAAUUUUGAAGACUGCCAGCUUCUCCAUGACUAGAGUUACACACUUCUUAUGAACUUGACUGUUUCAGAUGGUGGAAGCUCGAACUCCUCUGGCUGAGCUACUGGGAUACUCUAAGGCACUGAGAACAAUAAUUUUGAAGACUGCCAGCUUCUCCAUGACUAGAGUUACACACU